AAACAGAGAUUAGGAAGAUCCAAAACCAAUUUUAAUACAGAAGUGUUUCCUAAAGGAUCAAAAUCCUUUGACCCUCAAAGUAAUCUCAACAGGAAUUUUGAGUAUAAGAAAACACCAGAAAAUGAUUAUUUCAAAUCAAAAAUUUCCUCUAGAAAAUUUAACCGAAAUUAUAAAAGGGAUUCCUCAAACGAGACCCGGGGAGCUAACUUACAUGAUUCAGAUUUUGAAAACGACUAUACAGAAAGAGAGGACCACAUAAAAUCCCCAAAUGUAGAGAGGCUAAAUAGACGGUCUGAAUAUAAAUCAUCAAACCGUUACUCGACUACACAAAAAAAGAAACAAAAAUCUAAAAUAUCAAGACCCACCUACGAUGAAUAUAAUAGGGAAGUAUCAUAUAGAAAGAACGUAGAAACAUUUAAAAGAGAACCAAACUACGAUUCUAACGAUUUAGAUUACAACAUGGAUAAAGUGGAAGGGAAUGAGAAGGAUGAGUUCAGAUCAGAAGAAGAGAAUAAUAAACAUUUAGGUUUUUCUGAUAUAAGUGAUGAAAGCAGUGUAAGUGACAAAGAAGAUGAAUUUUCAGAGAGCGAUAGUGAUAAAGAAUCAUCUGGUGAGCCUACAGCUAAAGAAAAGUUAGUGAAUAUCAUUGCUCGAUCAGUCUGGGACCCUGACCCAGGAGACCCUGCUAAAGACAAGGAACUUCAGCAACCUUUCAAUCACAUAAACUAUGUAGACACAGAUACACCGAUGUGUGACAACCAGGAAGACUGUAUGGACGUAAUGCGACAUCUAAAGGAGAGGGACAAGACUAUCAAAUACAAUUUCUACAUUGGUGGAGACAAUUUAAUAUACGAAGGGAAAGGAUGGGUGGCUGAUGUAAACGAAGCGACUGGCUACAGAAAAAGGUGUUUAGAUGUGGCUUUCAUUGGAGUGUUUUCAGUUCCUAAACUUCCUCAGGCAUCAAUGCUUGAACAAUCACUUAGUUUUCUGAACUAUUGUAUAAUGAGUAAAAUGAUCUAUCAGAAUUAUACCUGCACAAUAUUCAGAGAUUUGCACACCCCAAAUUAGAAUGUAAUACGGCCUUCUCCUCCAAUGCUGAUCAAUGCCUUUCAUUUGGUAGAAUUAGGAAUUUCUACUGACAAAGUUUUGAAGGGCUUUACAAACGAUUUCAGGAUGUGCAACAGGCUGGACUGAUUCA